AUUUGAAGACUUAAUCCGAAAACUAGAACUCGUUAACUUUUCUUAUGGAUGGUGUAAAAUGAAAAAAAAGUCACAAGCAAGAACUGUCUUCUUUUAAUGAUAUUUGCUACAAAUUGCAUUGCGAUUUUGUUAUCAGCCCACUCAUCAAAGCUUUGAUCGAAAAACGGGCGGUUCUUAUCUCCCACACCUCUUGAGGUGAUCGAUUUAUCAGAAGUGUCACUCCUAUCAAUUUAACGAUGAGUUUUCAUCAUACGAUGAAGUAUUGUGACAGUUUGACAGUCGCAUCCGGUGUUUCACCGUGUAGAAGUGAAUAAAAUUUUCUUUAAAAUAAUCAGCAAAAAACUGUUUCUCCACUUUGCAUACUGGAGUUGAAAAAAAAUUCAGUAAACGCGUUGUUGAUCGAAUUAUUGAGCAAACACUAUUUUAUCAGCAGCUGGCCGCGCUAAGCAUCAUUGUAUCGACCAUGUAUUCACAACUGAAAAAGAAACGAGUUAAUUUUAAACCGAUAUUCUCUUUUUUCAUAGUUUGUAAAAUGUUUCAAUAGUGAGAUUCGAAUUCUUCGAAAUAGAAGGAUUUUUAUAAAAACAUCACUAAUAUCGGAGAAAUAGAAAAAUGACCGUGGAAGAAAGCAGAAUAGUAUACUCGUUCGACAGAUGUGCGGAAACGCCGGGAGGAGUGUCACAAAAAUCCACAAGCACGAGCGACGAGUCAACUGAGAGAAACAAUGCAGAUAUGCCAAGGCUUUCUGAACAGCGAGCACAUGCUCAGCACGCAAGACAAUUACCUUCGAGAACUUUAGCUGUGUUGUCCAAAGUAAUGAACAACAAAGGUGGAAACAUUGUAUACAAUACUAUAAGACUUCCACCUGGCAACAAUGACUUGCCGCUGGAAGAACAUGCUGAAAACAUUGCUAGUCACAUGGAACUUCAAGACGAACUCAUGCAAGAUGAUCCUAUUUCUGAGAUGCGUAGACUAGAAACACUGCGAGAAAUGCCUCACUGUUUGACAGUGAAAAGAUCCAUCAGGGCUAAAUUGGCAGUGUCCGUCAAUCGAAUGUCUAAAAGAAAAUCUCUUGGGUACAAAAAACGGCUCAAAUAUACUAUGAGCAUUUAUUUCAUGAAGAUUUACACUACAAUGAAGGAAGUUUCUUCUUCUAUCGAACUUUGGUAUCACGCUAUUAAAACUAUCGAGGGACACUUUGGUAGUGGAGUAGCAACUUAUUUCAAGUUCUUACGCUGGCUUUUCAUUUUGAACAUGAUGAAUUUCAUUUUAAGCACGUGUUUUGUGACCGUUCCUCAGUCGCUCAUUGAAGUUGCCAAGAGCUCAGAUUUCAACCCAUGGGACAUAUUCACAGGAAAUGGAUAUUUACAAAAUACAAUUCUGUAUUAUGAGUUUUAUGGAAACGAGACGAUAGAAGUGAAUCCUGGCUACACGUACAACAUUCCGUCAGCAUACUUUUUGACGUUGACCAUUUGCUAUUUUCUUACAUUUCUUUUGUUGUCAGUAAAAGUGGCGAGAUCUUACAGAAAAUGUUACAUCGAAACAGCAGGAGGCAUUAACAAUCUGUACGCGAGUAAAAUUUUUUGCGGCUGGGAUUUCGGUGUCGCGUCUUACAAGGCAGCGAACCUGUGUUCGGCCUCAAUAUAUCGAGAACUGAAGGAACUUUUGGCAGAGGCCACAGAACUCAUACGCCCACAUUUUCUUAGGAGACUUGGGAUUUUUUUGUAUCAAUGUGGAAUGACGAUUCUCGCAUUUUCAUUAAUGGCAGCGAUCGUUGCUUUGCUUUGGAAACUGCUUCUUAAACACGAAGCCAAUAAGUCGGAUCCGUGGUCACUUUUACUCGUGCCUUUCGUUAUCACGUGCAUCGUGAAUAUAUUUCCAGUCAUCGUUUCGUUACUCGUAAAAUUUGAGAAUUACAGCAGCAAACGAACGGCUCUAUACGUCACGAUGUUUCGAGUCUGCACGAUGACAGCAGCAGUGGUGAUAGCACUGUUGGUCUACUGGUUGUACUACAGCGAUCACGAUUGUUGGCAAACAUAUUUGGCUCAAGAGAUUUACAGGCUCGUGAUCCUCGACUUCGUAGUUUCAAUCGUUGGAAACUUUAUUGUGCAGGCUUUGCAUUACCGAUUACACAGGCUUUGCGGGAAAAAAAUCGGGGCCCCAAAAUUCGAGAUAGCUUCAAAUACAUUGAACUUGAUAUACAAUCAAAUACUAUUUUGGGUAGCUUUUUACUUCAGUCCACCACUGUCUUUCAUAAUAGUUUUAAAAAUGAUAUUAACGUUUUACAUUAAAAAAUUUGGGCUCAUACGACACUGUGAACCACCCUCGACUUCCUGGCGAGCCGCGCAAACACAAACCCUUUUUCUUGCUCUCGCUUUCCUCGCCAUGACUGCGAUCCUCGUAAAUCUCGGCUACAUUAUAACCAGCGUUAAAAGCGGUGCGUGUGGACCGUUUCGCAGUCAUGAUUACACGUGGGAAGUCGUCGUCGAUCAUGUACUCAACUUGAGCAGGGACAGCCAUUUUUGGAUCGUUGUUACCAAUCUUGCCAGGCCGGGAACAGGAGCGGCGAUUCUUAUCGCCAUGUUAACGAUCGUAUACUGCUUGCGUGCCAAAGCCGAAGCGAGCAAAGAACUGGUUCACAUAUUGCGGGAAAUGUUGGUUCUGCAAUCCCGUGACAAAGAUUUUUUGCUCAAGGAAUUUUCGAAAGUUGCUGACGAAAAUUGGCUGCAACGUAGGAAAAAUUUUGGACUUCGACGCGAAAAUUGCUUCUCUAUGUCGGACGAGAUUGAAAUGUCACAAUUAUCGGGUCGUUCUAAAAAGACUGAGAGACCACGAGCCGCCGCCGAUAUCUCGCUCGUUGCAACUCCGAGCACGUCCAGAAAUUGAAGUUUAGAUUUCGAACGAAUUUUCGAAAAAUUUUCAAGUAUUUUAAUCCAAUUAUCGUUUAAAUUUAGCAAUGAAUUUAUUUAUUCAACCCUCAUCAUACGUUUUUACAGUUUUUUUUUUUUUUUUUUUUUUACUAAGAACAUACGUGAUUUUACAAUGGGUGCUAAAACUUUAUCGAGAAAUUUGGAGUUAGUAUUGCUCAAUACUUUUACAUAUUUAUUUAUUUGUAAUUUUAUAAUAACAAGUGAUUUAUCGAAGAAGCUUCCGAAACAGAUGCCAAAGUAUUUAUAACAGAUUAAUGAUUAUAUUUUCAUAUACAGUUCACCGUACCUGCUGUAUUUCUAUAAGAAAAUUUGUCUCAUACAAAUACACUCUCUAACUAGCGUUAAA